UAUCUUCUUGCACACCACCGCUAUGGCUGCUCCGUGGUUCAAGAACUCGGCUCGUCCCUCCGCACACUGACACAACAGAUCAAGAACCACCAUCGCCAUCUCUGGACCUCUCCUCUCUGAUGUGAAGCUCUCGUCCAUGAGAAGCUCGAUGAUCACAGAGAUUACUCCAGCUUCCACGGCCUUGUGUCUGUUCCUUCCCCAUGGGCAUAUGUUCACCAAUAUAUGCAUGGCAGCUUUGGUCGCCUUCUGCGAGAUCCGGUCGUCCAAGAUCUGGACGACCUCAGUGAAAACCUCUGGCUUGAGAGUCAUACUCUGCAUUGGAUCCGCUACUUCGAGAAUGUUCUUGAGAAGCAAAGUUAUUCCGGUAGAGACUAUCACUGGAUCUUUCAUGAUCUCCAAAGAGAUAGGACAAAGGAAGAACGGAGGAAUCUCGAUCUCUUCAUCCAUUAUUCCUCCGGACAUAUGA